UCAACGAAAACCAAACAGCUGUUUCACAUAUUUUUUUCUUUGCUUUAAUCACAAAAAAAGCAGAAAAAAUGUUUAGUAAUUUAUUUAUUAAAUAUCAGUUUCACACAUCGUUAAAUAACUUAUUACGCCGAGCGACGAAAAAGCUGAAUCCUGGCUUAGGGCAUUUGGCAUCUGAAAUUGAAGAUGCUGCUGAUAUUAUAAAAAGUGAUCCGGAAGGUUUCGAUAACUUAGAAGCCGAUUUUAUGCAAGCUGGCCAAAGUUACCGUCAACAUAAAUUGGAUUUAGAGAAACAAAGAGAGCAAAUACGCCAUUUAAUGGUAAAACAUAAGUAUUUCCGCGAUGAUACUCUACCCAAUCUUUUAACUUAUGCCGAGAAAGAACAUAUACGUCUACUGCACAGUCGAGAUGCGGAAGAAUGGCCUGUUGAACGCUUAGCUGAAAGUUUCCCGGCCACGGCAGAAAUUAUAAAAAAAAUUCUUAAAGCUAAUUGGCAUCCAUUGUCCGCAAAACGUGUACAUUCACAUGAUUUACAGGUUUUAGAAAAUUGGCAUCGAUAUAAAAAAGGCGAAUUUGAAAAGCAAUUACCUCCAGAAUUGAAAGAACAUUUAAAAAAAUUUGUCGAUAGACGUUUGGAGGACUUAAAAGCUUUACCUGAGCUGGCCCAAACUUUUACUCCUAUGCAACUGCCCAAGCCAAAGAUUCAAGAAUUUCAAAGCAUCAUAACGAGUUGUGCAAAAUAUAAAGAUGCGGACGCACCUACAAGCAAUCCCCUACUGCCGCGUGGCGAAAAUAAAGGAAAAACUGAAGCAACAUUAAAUGGGGAAGCUAGUGAAACCUUCAGAAAUCCUUUUGGUAGGAAUGCUAUUCAACAGGAAGCUUUGGAUAUCACUGUAGAAUAUGUCAAUAAUGAAAUGGUAGUAAGUGCGGCGAUUUCAAAACGCAAACCGCGAAAGGAAACUCUUCUAUCGUAUCCUAAUAGUGAUAAUGAACAACUAAAUCAGCCAAUAUUAAAUAAACAUAACGAAGAAGAAGAAACUUAUUUGUUAAGUAAAACAAUCGAUAAAAGAAAAAUGCGUUUAGAAGAGGCAAAGAAGAUGAAAAUAUAUGAUUUAGAACAUAAAGAAAAAACCGUGACUGGGGAGGUGAAUGAUAAAGCAAUUGAUAAUUUGGCAAAUCUUUCCAAUACCGGUAUCGUUCGGCGGGAAACUUCUUUAGAUUUCACUGAUAAGUUUUCCAGCAAUGAAGUAGUUAUAAGUGCUGAAGAUUCAAAACGUUUUGCAAUGUCCACUGUUAAAGAUCGUAUAUAUAUACCCCGGAAAUUAAGGCGUCAAGGCGCUACUUAUCGUUUGGAGGAUUGCUAUUAUGAUUACGAUGGUGAAUUCCUAUAUCGUGUUCCGGGCAUGACGGGUGUUUAAUUAUUUAGUUUAUUAAAAAAGCAGAACAGCUAACAGGAACAGAGAAACUUUUCUUUUAGAAAAUAUGCCUGCGGACCGAUGCCGUAUACAUAUAUGUAUAAAAUACAGCUAAUAUAAUAUGUGCUUUGAGUAAGUUGAUAAAUCUUAAAGUUGGAGUCUUUUUUCUUGUUGCUUGGGCAUCCUCACUCAUAGCGUCGCCUUUUUAAAACUAAUGAACGUUGAAAAAUUGCUUUAAAUUGUAAAAGCGAACCAGUUUUCACAAAUAGAUGAUGUCUUAAGAUCCGCUCUAAAGUAAAUUUAAAUUUCAUAUAUGUUUUCUUCAUUUUUUGUAAUCAAUUUUAUUUUUCUCUUCCAUAAGAACAAAAAAAAAAACUUUAAUUUCAAAAUUUUAUAAAAAUUAAUUUUUUUUUAUAAAUUUCAUUGGAAUUAUUUAAGACUUCAUAAGGACAAAAAA